UGCUCGCUUUCGAUCUCUUCGGUAUAAUGCUCGUUUUUGGCAUAAAUGGAGUUGAUAUAAAAAGCGAUGAAUACAUCAAUGGAGUUAAGUUCGUGGACAGCAAGAAUGAAAAAUAGUCUAAAAAGAUUCAAACCCCAAGACAAUGUAUUAAUAUAAUAUAUUUAUUUCCAUGCGACUUACAGUAGAACAUGGAUUAGAAAACCAUGUGUUCUAGAAUCAGAAUCAAGAUGUUCGAAUGGAAAAUGUAUAGAUAAAUCUUGGAUGUGGCGAUAACUCAGAUGAAGCCAAUUGUGAUCAUGUUUGUCGGGAAUCCAAUGAAGCUCAAUGUUUAAAUGAAGAUUCUCACACCUUUUCUUGUUACUCUUUCCCCAAAGACCGUUGUGAUGGUAAUUGGAACUGUGCUAAUGGUACAUAUGAAUGAAGCUGCAAUAAAUGUUCACAUGGGAUCUGAUGAAAUAAAUUGUACCACUGAACAGUAUCGUCCUGAACAGGGCAACUUUCUUUGUACAAAUGGUAACUGUAUCCAAGCUAUUUUAACCUGUGAUCGAAGUAACGAUUGUGGAGAUUCAUCAGAUGAAAUAAAUUGUCUAAAAAAUAGUGUUAUCACAGCUGCUCUUAUGGGAUCUCUUAUCUGCGGACUUUUACUUGUUAUUGCUAUAAGUUGUACAUGUAAAUUGAUUGCUUUGCGUCAAAUUGAACAGCAACGUCAAGCUCAAGACGAUUCUUAUUGCGGUUCCGCAACUAAUAAUCUUUACUCUUCAUCACAUAUUUACCAAAGGUACUUUCCAUUCGCUCGUAGUAAUAGUCAUUCAACAUCGCCUCUUUUCAGUCCAGACUCUGAAUAUUUUUAUCGAGAGCCUCCUCCAAGCUAUGCUUCAGCGGUUUCUGGUAUUGAUGAAUAUGGAGCUGGAUGUUCAUCUUCUUCAUCUCGUCGACGACCUAGAAGAUUAAGACCUAGAGGUCGAAGGCGUCCGCCUAGUCCACCACCAUCACAACAAUCACUCACAGAAUCUGAUGGUAUUUAUAAUACUGGUGUUUUUCAACGACCAAGCAUUUGCUCAAACAUACCAGCAACUAUGAACAUACUUUCGAUACCCACAACGGGCUCAAUCAAUAUUAGACCAACAAUGAAUGAAGCAACAACUUCAUCGACUCUAUCAGCAACUCAAAGUAAUGCUGUAUCUGAUAUUGAAGAACCAAACUGUACAACAUCCUCCAAUCAUCCUUUACUCACACAAAAUAAUCAACAGUCUCAAAAUGGUGAUAUUAGUUGUAGCAAUGAACGUUCUAGUAAAAAUGAAGAUGAAGACGGGUCUAGCCAAUCAACAGAAAUUGGACCAGUGGGAAGUGAUGAUUCAAAUGAUUCUAUUCAUCAAUCAUACCAUCAUAAUUGUUCAACAUCAUCGACUGUAACAAUAGAGUUAAAUAAUAUACCAUCACAAUCUUCUCAGCUUGACUGUGAUCAACAACCUCUGCUCAGUGGAUGAUAAUUCCUUAUUGUUUUGUUCUCUUUUUUAAUGUGUAUAUAUAUACAUAGAUGUAACCAAUAUUUAGAAAAUAACCUGGAAAAGGGCAUUUUUUGAUUGUUUUCGCAAGAAAAGGCGGUAGUUUUUAAUGGCCCACCAAAAUCUGAAAUAUUAGAGCGAUCCAUUGAUGGUUACCCUAGCAUAGUUAACUUAACUUGAGAUGGAUAAAAACACUCUUAAGUUACUCUCCAGGUUGUGUUUGAUCAGGGAAUAAGGUUCGGACGAAUUCUGAUUAGUUUUGAUUAAGUUGUGCGUAAAAACAAAAAUUUUUGACGAAGAAAUUUUUUGAGCGCAGAAAUCACAAUUUUUGCAGAUUUUUCGAAAUUUUGGACUUGAAAUAAGACUUUUAGC